GAAAUAUUUAAAGAAAAGCAUAAAUUUUUUAUUAAAUUUUCUCCACAUCCAUAUGAAUUUGAACUCAAAUUUACAAACAAUACUUGAGGAAGAAGGUGGAACUACAGAUACUCUAUUUAAGAAGAAGUAAUUAUAAAAAUAAGAAUGGGAUAAAUUCUUUGAUAAUAUGAUAAUAGUUAAUGUAAUGUAAAUUUUCAAUUAACUUAGGGUACUCCAAUUUAUACAAUAAUGAAGCAUGAACCAAUUAUAUUAUUAAUUCAUGGAGCCGGUCAUUGUGCUAUGACUUUUGCUUUGUUGUGUUAGUAAUUGAAAACAUUUUGUAGUUGUGUUUCUUAUGAUUUAAUAUAACAUGGUUAAUCUUAAAGAACAGAAUCAUUAGAAAUUGAUAAUUUAAUUAAAGAAUGUGAAGGUGUAAUAGAGUAUAUAAGAUUGAUUAAACCUAAUACAAAUAUAAUAUUAUUAGGACAUAGUUUAGGAGCAGCUAUUGCUUGUAAAUUGAUACCUAAAUAAUUUAUAAGAGGUCUAAUAGUUAUCGAUAUGAUUGAAAGUAGAGCUAUAGAAAGUGUUUAAUAAAUGGUAUAAGAUUUGAGAAAAAGACCCUCUCAAUUUUAUUCUUAUUCUAGCGCUAUUAGUUAUCAUUUAUCUAAUAAUCUUAUUAAAAAUCCUUAAUCUGCUUAGAUUACAGUUCCUCAUUACUUAAAUGAUAAUUUAGAAUGGAAGGUAGAUCUAAUUUAAACUAAAAAAUAUUGGUUAUAAUGGUUUAAAGGUAUUUAAGAUGGUUUUGAUAAUUUCCCUUAUCCUAAAAUGUUAUUUGUUGCUGAAAUGAAUAGAUUAUGUUCAAUCUAAUUUAAAUAAAAAAAAUAUACAAUUCAUCUUUUUGAUAAAUCAGGUCAUUCAAUGCAUGAAGAUGAGCCUUUAAGAAUGGCAAAACAUAUUUCAGAUUUUAUUUUCCAUGAAAAAAUUCCUUUAAAUUCUGAAGAGAUAGAAUAAAUAAAUACUUCAGGAGUAUUAAACUUUUAAUCUAGUGCUUUAUCAUAUGAUAAAUAAAUAAAAGAUAUUAUUUGAAGUUUUAC